AUGCUGUCGGCUACGACUCGUAUCGUAUCCGCAAAUAAGCGAUUUGUUUGUCCCCUUGUCGUGCGACGAUCCCUGGCGGAAGUGAUCCCGGAUCAUCCACAAUUCGAUCCCAUCGUCGCUCGAAAAACAUUCAAAAAGACGCAUGAUCAUUCGACGAUGUUUAAGAUUGAGAAGUACUUUUCGGCUGCUAUGAUACCCCUUCUUCCAGCUGCUUAUUUUAUCCAUGGACCUGUUAUGGAUACCGUUUUGGCAGGUGCAAUCACGUUGCAUGCUCAUUGGGGUCUUCAUGGUGUAUUGACUGAUUACGGUCGUGCAUUUGUGCUUGGACCAACAGUGGCAAAAAUUAUUCAGGGACCAGUUUCUUACAUACUUAGCAUUUGUUUGCUUACUGGUUUGCUGCACUUUAACUCUUACGAUGUUGGGAUUACAAAAGCAUUCGAAAUGGUCUGGUCUUUAUAA